AUGCCCGUUCCAGUCAAUCUCUCUUCACAGUCGCUCCAAAUGGCGCGUUCCCUUUUGCAGAGAGGGUGGUUACAGAUUACUUUGGAGAGCUUUCCUAUGGUGAUAGUGAUGUUGAUUGCGUUUCUAGGCAACGCAUUGGUUUUAUGGGCAGUCAAGCGAAAUCCACGCCUGCGCACCACGCCAAAUUACUACAUUACGGCCUUGGCUUUGACCGAUGUGCUCAUGUCAUUCCUCGUUAUGCCGCUGUCCUUAAGCGUUUUGAUCGCGGGUCGCUGGCCUUACAGCGAAGCGUCAUGUUCGUAUCACGGUUACACUGCUACAACGCUAAGAUCAGCGUCGCUUUUCAUUCUGACUUUAACUUCUGUAAAUCGUUAUUUCAAAGUUGUACGGCCUAACCUAUACAGAGAGUAUUUCAAAGUGAAACCAGUGUUGACUUCUUUGUCACUCGCCUGGCUAGCCGCCUUCGUCUGGCCAAUUUACUUCCUGUUGAAAGGAAACUUCCGCUACUAUCCGGGAAAGUUCUGUUGCAUUUAUGACCUCGAUGACGUCAGUGUUGCAGAGGGGCUCGCCUUGAAUAUGACAUUCGCCUUGUUUACGUUUAGCAUAAUCUCUUCCAGUUAUUUCAGGAUAUUUCUAACAAUUCGGAAACACAAAGCUAAUCUGAAUAACAGACCCAAUAAUUCUCCAAGGAUUUCUGCCAAAGAUCUAAACGUUACAAGAUUUCUGUUCAUUGUUGUUGUCUUUUACGUUUUGUGUUGGCUUCCAGUGUUGAUUGUUGACACUACAGAGUUGUUUACUGGAAAGUACACUUUCCCUCGUCAAGUCUACCAGCUAUAUUCAUACAUGGUUGGCGUCAAUAGCGCUGUGAAUCCUGUCGUUUAUGCGUUUUUCAACCGCGAGUUUAAAACGGAGUUUAAGAGGAUUGUUAGGUUAGGCAACAGGAACAACAAUAAUACUGCCACGUUGAGCGAAAGUACCCAACCCAGAACUAAAGAAACUAAGAUGUCAGAUAAAAAAUAAUCAGCCUCGGCCUCGAUCUUUGAAAAAAAUGUUGACGGAUGCAAAAUUGGACAUUUAUUAAAAAACAAUAUGACUCUUAAUUAAUGUGUUUUUUCGCAAGCUUUUUUUGUGUAAUUAUUUCAUUUCCCCUGAUUCAGAGAAAUUUGUGUGUGAUGAAUAAAACAUUACAGUGGGCCGUUCUUAUUAUGCAAAUAGCGAUUAAAAUUGUCUGUACUGAAACUAUAUCCGCGAGGUAAAGUACUCUGUGACUGUGCAUAUUGAAUCUAUUUAAUACAACUUCCACUAAUUUCUAUUGAUGAAAGCUAAGUGAAUCAUGUAACUAUGUUAAGAGGUAAAGAAAAGGGAAAAAUUAAAAUUAUAAAUUACUUUAAGCAAGAAAGAACUGUUCCUCGACUAAGUCAAAAUAUAAGAACAAAAUAACAAAAGAAUAUUGAAACUCUUAGCAAAUCGUAGCUAUAAAACAGGGGGAAACCUGAACCUAGAUUUCCAUUUCAACUAAUUCGUUCCCUCAAUUGUUUUCUCAUCCAUGUUUACCAACUGUCAGCACUAUUUGAAUCAUGUUCGACAGGUGAAAUAAACUUAGUUUCGAAUUAAUUACUUGUACUUCGACUAGCGAUCUCACGCAGCGAAAGCUGUUGUUCAGCGAGUGAAUUUUAACUCAGUCAUCAAAAAUUGAUGAAAUCCAUACUUCUAUUAAAGUGAAUUUAUUGACCAAAAAGUAAGCAAUCUUUUCACUGUUCAACGAUAUCGAAGGACUUCCUCUGUUAAAAGAACCGAAUGAGGUAAGUGACAUGUUUCUGGAAAACCUUUUGAUGUCAUAUACAUUAUAUUUUGCGCUGUGAUUUCCUUGUCUAAACUGGUACGAUGAAAAUUUGGUCGUUAUUUUGAGGAGAAAAGUACAUUGAUAACUCUUUCAAGGGUUCACUAUUCCCGAAGAACCCUCGCUAAUCAAAGGAUUUCAUAUUUUGAUUUUGACAUAUCUCUUAAAUCUUAAUGAAAAUUUGAUCAAAUGUAAUGUUCCCCAAGACUUAACGGAAACAAUUCCAGGAUCUAAGUUUAAUUGAAAGUAAGUUAAAUUAAAGAGCAAGCGAAUCAUCAACGAAAAGAAAAAGGAAACGUAGAAAGGAAAACUACUUUGCGCACUUCACGGAAUACUCAUGACAUAGUCUGGCCAUUUCCCGACCAGUCAUUUAAAGUACAGACGAACAAUCAGAUUGACGUGAAAGACAAAAUUAUAACAAGGAAAAAAAUUUGCUCCGAUCCCAUUGUGCGUCCCUAAAACAAUAGUAAUCGCAUGACAGUAGCGUGUAGUCUGUCCAAGGUAGAACUGAAAAAGAAAAAUAAAACAUAAUUAUGCUAACUUUCGCAUUUAUUAUGGACAACUUGGAGAAGACAUUUGGGGGAGAGCAGUUCACAAUUAAUUGAUUCUAUCAGCUGACAGCUUUAGUCAUGUCCUUCUCUGUGAAUGAUCUUGCAAAUUAUAGUCCUUAACUUCGUGUACAAUUGGCGUUAAGUUCCUUGUUGCGCUAAGUCAUUGUUUUUGUGAUUAAAUUUAGGUAUGAGCAAAGAACCCAAGAUCAUAACCCCUGAGGCGUAAAGAGUUCACGCAUAAAGUUUCUUACAAAAGACAGCUGGCAUCCUCGCUCACUAAACGUUUGCUCUUCUAGAAAACUUUUUCCUGAAUUCCUGUGUUUGACAUUUUAAAAUCCGUUUCAUAAAAUAUCCAUUUCAUGCCAAUAUUGCGCUCCCUCGGUCAAUCAUUGCCUCGCUCUUCCUCUCUGACGAAGAAUUUCCUAUAUAUUUCAAGUUAAAGGCAUUUGUCGUAACUUAUGGCUCGAAACACUUUGCAUAUUUUAUAUAACGUUUUUCAAUGUUUUAUCUCAGUCUUGUUCAAUAGUUUUCCCGGCUGGUAAAAGAAAAGGAGAAUCCAACUGAGAUGUUUGCAGACAACGAAGCUCAGCUAAAUCGAAGUAAAGUGUUCAUUUUGCAGUUAGCAACGAGAACAAAAGCCGAGAUUUUCACAGAACUGGUUGUGUUUCUGUUAGUAGGUUUAAUCGGCGUCUGCGGAAAUUUUCUUGUACUCCUGGUCAUAAGCCUGACUCCAUCGCUAAGAACUAUCUCUAACUUUUAUGUAGCUUCUCUGAGUGCGAUGGAGUUAUUGUUGUCAUUAUCCAUCUGGAUUUUCAUCCCCGAGGUAGUACUAAAAGGAAAGUGGACAUUUAGUGACGCUCUCUGCCAAUUUUUAGGAUUUAUUACUGCCAUGUUAGCCACAGGUUCCAUUUAUUCCAUGGCCCUAAUUGCAAUCAAUCGAUAUUUCCUCAUGGUAAAAUCGAACCUUCAUCGCAAGUACUUUACAAAGAGGAACGCUUAUAUAUCGAUCGCUGUGUCAUGGAUCUUGGCUGGAAAUUUUCCUGUGUCUUACAUGCUUCUCGGCAACAAGUUUGAAUUUCAUCCCGGAAAGGGAGUCUGUAUCUUUGAUGUGACGAAGCUGAAUCUGGUGCACGCUUUUUUGACAGGUUUCUUCAACAUUCAGUUUCCAUAUCUUAUCAUUUCGUGUUGUUAUUUCAAGAUUUACCAAAGAGUGAAAGAACACAACGCAUUACUGAGACACAGUGGAGGUGGAAAUGGAAGCGGCAGCGGAAUUUCAGCGAAGGAAAUUAAAGUAACAAAACUUUUGUUUGCUAUCGUACUGAGUUACACGAUUUGCUGGACGCCAUUUUAUGUCAUCGAUUUAGCUGGAGUAUUUCUUGGCCAAUAUCUCGGCCCUCGCCUUGUUUACGUGUUUUAUAGCAUUGUUGUUGGUAGCACUACCGCCAUCAGCCCGAUAAUAUAUGGCGUUUUCAACAGAGAGCUCAAAGGCGAAAUCGUAAAACUUUUAAAAUCUAAAUGCUGUUGCUUUUGCAAUAAAUUCAAAGUUGGAGUUCCUGUGACAACCUCAAAUAGGCGUCCAUGA